ACACACGCACAGCAAACGAACGCAUAGGUAUCGUCGAUUUCUGUGAUUUGAUUUUCGAAGUUCUUUUUUUUUGUCUUCAUUUUCAUUGUCAGAUUCCGUUUGGUUGCUGAGAAUGUGCGGAAAAAGAAACGGUGACCGUUAAAUGGGAAGGAAGGUACACUCAUGAGGUAAAAAUGAGAAGAAAGUGUAGGAUUUGGUGGCCUAAGCUGUUGUCAUCGAGUGAACCACUAUCCUCCAGUCUCUUGUUUGGGUGGUUUCUUUCGUCGUCUUCUUCAGCUUCCCUUGACAUUGUAGUAGCUUUCGCAUGCAGUGAAGUCUCUCUUUCGCAUAAUCGCUCCAGCCUCGAGGGAAUCCUCCACGGCACAAAUGGGAACAUGCCCAAAUCCCUACAGGACAAAUCAUCGCUCUGUAUGCUGGGUCAGCACGUUGUCGAUGUUAGCAGUGCUGGCCUCUUGUUAAGCUCUGGAAUAAAAGAUCAAAGAAACUCUACUUGUGGCAAUGCUUGUAUACAGAACAAAAGAGGUAUAUUCAGAGAAAAUUAUGGACAAUUGGCCUGUGGCUGCCACAAACUUGAUGGAUUACUAGAGCAAUGUAAUCAAGCUUCUAUUCGAAAUAGUAAUUGGAUCCAGGUGGCAAAUGAUUUUUAUGAACAGUGUGGUGGAGAAAUUUAUUGGAUUCCUAAAUUGCAUCACGUUCACUGGAAUGGGGAAGUAGUGUUUCCGUGUGAUGUCCACGUGAUACUAUAUGAAACUCCAUCAUAUGGUGUUCAUCACUUCUCCCUGCAUCUUUGGAAUUUGUGUGAGCAAGUGAAAGCUCCUUUCAAGAGGCCGAAGUGGGUUGAUGAACUUCACCAAAAGAAAAAACUAUUAGACUUGGAUACCGUAAUAUUGGCAAUUAACAGUGCCGCUGCUGCAAAAAUUCUUUUCGAGAGACAUGUGGCCACUGGGAGAUCCUUUGUUUGGUUUUCCAUCAUUUGCAGGUUGCUUACCUUCAUGUGGCAACUACUUGCAAUGUCCAUGGCUUCAUUGUCAACUUUAUUUUACGUCAUUCUUCAGCUUCUCCAUAGCCUGUUGAGUUCCAUAUCACAAUCAUGGAUGUACAUUACAGUGGCAAAGAUAUUCAAUUCUACAUUAAUACAUAUACGAAUCCGCUGCUGCCAGAUCUUGUAUUGGCCAAUCUUCCUUCAAGAAAAUGGCCUGAGUUUUGGAUUUGUAAGGUCUCUAUCAUGCGUUGAAUAUGCGGAGAAAGCUGCAUUACAUAAGCAUUCCAUGUGGUCAAGUUUAGCUCUUGAUGUUCUCUUGGGAAACUUGAUUGGUGUGGCACUGUUAUACAAUGCAGAAUCUGCUUGCUUGUGGGUUAUGAACUUUGCCAAUGACAUUACAAACAAUUUGUUGCGGACAGGUUGUGUUUGGUUAAUGGGAGUCCCUGCAGGUUUCAAGUUAAACACGGAACUGGCAGGAGUUCUUGGCAUGAUUUCUCUUAAUGCAAUCCAAAUAUGGUCUACCCUCUGGGUCUUUGUGGGUUUCCUUUCCAUUUAUGUCAUUAAAGGACUUGCAAUAUCAGGGAUUCUUUUUGGGAUGACAAUUCCUGCUGCUUUGAUCAUAGACAUACUUUUACUGGCAACUUUGCACGUGUCAACUCUUCAUUGGUUGCUCUCAGGUAUAUAUUCAAUGCAGAUACAGGCAUUAGCAGCUUUGUGGCGCCUUUUCAGGGGUCAGAAAUGGAAUCCUCUUCGUCAAAGAUUAGACAGCUAUGACUACACUGUGAAGCAACAUGUUCUUGGAUCUCUUCUGUUUACACUGCUCUUACUUCUAUUACCAACAACAUCUGUUUUCUAUAUCUUCUUUAGCAUUCUGAACUCAUCUAUCAGCCUCAUCUGUAUACUGAUUGAGGUCAUUAUCUCUGUUAUUCAUGCUACACCUUGUAUCAAAAUUUUCCUUUGGUUGGUGAGGCGAAGAAGAUUUCCUUCUGGGAUAUGGUUUGAAAUUGUAUCUUGUCGGAGCAAUGAGAUUGAUUCUCCUGGGAUUUGUUGUCCUGAUAAAGUUGAUUCUCCAUCUGAAAAUUUGCAGUGGAAUUCAAGUGGAGAGAAAUCUAGUAUUCUGGUCUCAUUUAUUCGCAGCAACUUCUCGAGUAUAGGAGAAGUGGUCUUGCCUCACUAUAGAAAUGUUUUUUCUGGGGUUUCUGGGUCUUUUGUGGCUAAAUCAAUUCAUGGUGUCCUGACUGGGAAGAGGGUAUCGUCUAGAUUAGGUACUUUUCUUCCUCCACCAUUGCCAUGGAUGUUCAUCCCAUACAAAGAGUAUUGGCAUCUAUGCUAUGAUUCAAUUCUUGCCUGCUGUAGAACUUGACUGCCUUGCAGGUGAUUUUUGGUGAAUCAUUCUUUUCAAUUUCUUGCUUCUCGAUCAGCAGUUGUACUUGGAAUUUGGCGGCCUUUGUCCUUGGUUCAUUUUCUUGGCUUCUUGUAGGAAUGAGUUGAUUAAUUAUGGAUAUGUUGGUUGACGGUCAGGAUAUGUAUGGUUGGUCAUUUUAAUACAUUUAGGUUCUCUUGAUUCGCAAUA